AUGUAUCCGCCGCAGCCCCCCAACUACGACGCCGCGACCGUCGAACAGGUACGCCAGGAGCGCAUCCGCGCGAUCAAGCGUCGCUACAAUAUCUCGCUGGGCCUGCAAAUCGCGUUCACGGGCGUGUUUGCCGCGCUCCUCGGGUACUACAUCUGGCGGGACCGCGACAACCGGCGGCGCACGGACAGCUCUAACCUCGUGUACUACAACAGCAACUGGUUCUCAUGGUACAUCGGCCUGCUGAUUGCCUUGCUGGUAAUCGACCUGCUCUGCAUCUUCUUCACCUUCCGCAACCGCAAGCGGGCGCUGGCGUGGCUGACCAAUCCGAACACGCCGCCGCACAUGAUCAUGGCGGGCAUGAACCCCCAGUCAGACUACGCCGAGGUCGUCGUUAUUCAGCAGCCGGUCGGCUAUGCUCAGCCCGUGUACCAGAACUACCAGCAGCCGCCGCCAAUGUACUCGCAGGCGCCUGGCCAGCAGCAGCAAGGCGGAUUUUAUAUGCCUCCGGCGGGCCCCCCACCUGUCCACCCGGGGAGCUCUGCCGGCGACAACAACAACAACAGCAACGGCGCCCGCGGUCACUUGGAGAAGCCGCUGAUUUAG